CGAGCCCCUCUGGUAGCGGCGGGAAGCAUCCUCUGAAAUAGAAACAUAAGCUGCCCCUUCUGCAGCAGAAACGGAAAAAACGGACGCAAGAAAAAAAGCAACAACAAAACCGAGAGUUUUGCACAGUGUCGUGCUGCUUUCGCGUUUAAUAUCACGGAAGAGUCGGGGAAGGUUGUGAGUGAGUGAGUGAGUGAGGGGGUGGAUCUUUGCAGAGAAUGAAAUCCAAGGCGCUUGUUGUCCCAAGUGAAUUCAUUUGAAGAGCUUGCAGAGACACAGAGCGACCGGGAUGCCGCGCAACAUCGCUCCUAUUCAUCCGCGAGGUUAAGUUUUCCUGAGCACCCUCCUUCUGUGUGAGUGGGUGUCUGAGUGUGUGUGUUAUGGCGUCUGUGAUGGACGAUUCCUACCGUAAGGUGCUGUUGCUAGGGGCCAUCGCUGCAGCGUCAGCCUUUGUGGUCACCAUCGUCAUCGUGGUGGUUUGUGUGGGCUGCCAAAGGAAAAACAAGACCAAGCAUCCUCCGGCCGAUGGAGAGAAGGGCUCCUCAGCAGACACGGGUGCUCCCCGUCAGCCCAAGAACACCUCCAUGAGUAAAUCUGACACUAGGCUGCAUGAGAUCAACCGCUUGCCCCGCAACGGCAACAGUGGGGGUAAGAACCGUCCUGCCAGUAUGGACCUUCUCCUCCUCCACAGCCAUCGCUCCACCUCUGACCUCCGCCCCCCACUUGUCCGCCAGCUCCCCCAGAUCCCCACCAGCCCCGAGGGGGAGGGAGACCCAGUGGGGGGAGACAUCCAGAAGGGAGGAGAAGAGGGGGUCAGAGACCACACCUACACUGAGGUGGGGAUCCGGAACUCGCCCGUCCGUUGCUUAAACGAUGGGCUGUACGAGAGUGUAGGGAUCAGAGAGGUGGACACGGUGCCCCCAGUUCCCCCACCCACAUCAGCCAACACCCCAGCAACACUCACGACCUCACAGAGCCCCAAUGGGACCUGCACUGACGAUGUCCGCAAUGGGAACAGAAACAGGACUGUGAAUGGAAAUGCCAGAGGAGCUGUUAAUGGGAGUAGCAGAGGAGGAGGGAAGGGGCCCAACGGUGCUAACGGAUCGGCCCUGCCCUCCCUCCCCUCCCUGGCCCCCCAGGACCCCGUAACGGCAGAGUAUGCCUCCAUCCGGAAGGUCAAGAAGGUGAACAAGGCAACGAAGAACGAGAUAGGGAACACAGAGUCAGAUGAUCAAUCAAGUGUCCAAUCAAGUGUGGGAGAGUCACCCUCUGCCCCGCCCCUUCUGCUGCCCCGCAGCCAGGAGUUUCCACGGAAACAGCUGGAGCCAUUCCACCUGCACGUCUUCCCGAAGGAGGCAGUGUUCAUGGGAAACGGGGAGCAGUACAUCUGGAAGCCCCCAGAGGACAAUGACAUCAUCACCUUGCACCCAGCGCCUAUACCCCCGGGGGAGAACGGACAGGGACACACACCCACAGCCAUGGAGAUUUCUGACACCUACUCCACUGUGUGUAAAAGCCAGAAGAAGAAACCUCCCCCGGACAACAACGGAGCCAAGACCCUCCCCCACAACCAGUGCUCUGUGGAGGAGAAUGGAGGAGGUGGGGGAGGAGGAGCAGGAGGGAAUGGGACGUGGGUCGGUCCCGGGGGAGGGGUGAGGGGUCGUGGCCGGGGGGUCCAGGGUGGUCAGGCCCGAUCCCACGAGGAGCCCUGCUACGCGCCAGUUGGCGACAGGUCCUGGCCCGCCUGUGUGGUAGCCAAGUCUGACCCGGCGUACGCCACUAUAGACUCCCACCGGAAACGUGCGCAGGCAGGUACCAAUAUCGGUGUACUGGGGUCAAACGCCACACUGAAGCCCAAGAAGAAGCCUCCUCAGCAGGAAGCACCGUCUCCCGGGGCCCCGGGCCCCCAGGGACCUCCAGCAGGUCCCCCGGCCCCUCUAACCAAGGCCCUGCCUGGGGGGGAGAACUUCUAUGAGAGCAUCAGUGAUGUGAAACAGGGUGCUAACACCGCCAGCACCACCACCAUCUUCACCUUCAACGACGGGAUGGAGAUGUAUGUCACUGGCCUGUAGCUGAGAGACACUGGCUCACACACUGUGUGGUUCAGACCUGUUUGGGUUCUUCUGACCCUGUCUACACCUGGUAUGAGCUAUGAAAGGGACUGGUAACAAUGUAUAUAGCAAUGAGACCCACUGGUGAAACCAAGCAUCGGAAGUCACUUUCAUAAUACAAUGUCUCCAGUGAUAGGAUUAUGGCCACAUCCAGUGACAAAAGAAGAAGACAAUGUUUGGAGACAUUCACCAGGUUUAGACAAGGUCUCUGACACCAGACCCAACCAGUGGUGGAAAUUGACUUUUUGGUUCACUGACUGGGGGAUUCCAGAUAGGGGUUCCAGUGCCAGUCGUAGCUUUGAAAGGAACCCAGUUUCAGGGGUUCCUCCUCAUUUACACCACUGGACCAACAGAACCAGAACUACUGUACGUCUUUGAGAUGUAUCACAGAGCCAGUCUGGCUAACCCGAGCCUGAAUCAUUCGAGCCAGACUCCCAACAACAUGUCCAACAAGACCAGACUGAGCAUCACGUUUUGCAGUGGAUAACAGUGUCACUAUUCACUUUACCUUACCUUACACACCCAUUUGUGUGACAAUUUACAUAUAUAUUUAUUUUUGUAUAAAGAUGGUACCCUUAAUAAAGCAUGCCCUGUACAGAACACACGACAUGAUAACACACAAUCACAGAUACACGUGCAAACACACACACACACAUACUGUAGCGCAAACAUUGUUGUGCAUGAAAACACACAUUCUCACAAAGAGGACAGAGGACAGAAGUGUGGAGACACCAGGGUGGCUUCACUUAGAAGUCCCAACCCCCUACUGACUAACUACAUUAGGAGUAUUCUUCUACGGCAAUACAGUGGUAAUACAGGCCUAGUUCACACAUUUUUGUAUCUUUUUUUGUUAAUAAUUAUUAUUAAAUACAUUUCGAUUGAUCAGGUAGCACCCCUACUUCCCUCGGCUAUGUUUAUAUCGUUCCUUUCUGUUCCUUUUUAAACCUCUGAAAUAUAUAUUUUUUUUUUUACAUUUAGCUCAACAUUAAAUGACUUCGCCAAUCAGUGCGGAUCGAGCAGAUUGCUAUGGAGCGGGCAAGCUAUUUACAUGCAUUGGACAGACGAGUGUAGUGCACAAUAUGCGACUGAAAUUUGGCCGGUGGGGAGUGAAGCGAGAGAGGGUGGAGAAGGAUUGGCUUGAUGCGCUGGGCAUCUUGUUGUUAUGAUAUGCAUUAUCGGAAUUAGGGCCACAGAAUUUUACCUACGGAGGAGUGGCUUCUAUGAAGGAACUUAGAAUGUUUUUGAACUUCAGAGAGUUGGCUUAACAUUGGACCAGAACUAGCUAGCUAGCUAGCUAACACGCUUCUGUGUGCAGAGUGGCACCAGAAUGAAAAGAAAAACA